CGAGCGUGGCCCGCACCCCCCGCCGCAGGUUCUUCGCGGUGCCGGUGACGGCGCUCAUCGCCAACUUCGGCAUCCCCAAGUGGGCGCGGGAGAAGAUCGUCAACGGGAUCCAGCUCGGGACCCACCUCUACGCCCACGCCGUGUUCCUGGUGAUGACGCGACCCUCGGCCGCCAACAAGAACUUCCCCUACCACGUCCGGACGUCGCAGAUCGGCUCGGCCGAGGCGGGGGCGGCCGCCGGGUUCCCCCCCCGGCACGGCUACGGCAACGUCACCUUCAUCAGCGACUCCGUCCCCAACUUCACCGAGCUCUUCUCCAUCCCCCCGCCCGGCCCCAGCCAGGCGCGGAAGCAGGUGGAGGAGACGCCGGCGGCGGAGCGGGGACCCCCCCAGGGGCGCGUGGUGACCACGACGGAUCUGGGCGCCCCCCGCGCCCCCCAAAAGGGCGGGGGGGCGGGGGGCGAGGGCCAGGGCCCCCCCUCCCAGCUGCAGGCGCCCCCCGCCCCCAACAGCUACCCCGAGUACUUCAGCGUGCACACGGGUGGGGGGCGGCACUUGUAGCCCCCGGCCCUGGGGGGGCCCCUCCUGCCCCACGGCGACCCCCAUCUGCCCCCACGGGGACCCCAAACCCAGCCCCACGGGUCCCCCAAGUAUCACCCACAGACACCCCAAAUUCUGCCCCACAGGGACCCCCAAUCCUUCCCCAGGGGGACCCCAAGUAUUGCCCCGGGGGGACCCCAAAUCCAGCCCCACAGGGACCCCCAAUCCUUCCCCGGGGGACCCCAGAUUCUGCCCCACAGGGACCUCAAGUAUUGCCCCACAGACAGCCCAAGUCCUGCCCCAAGGGGACCCCAAGCCCAGCCCCACAGAGACACCAAGUAUUGCCCCAGUGGUACCCCGAAUCCAGCCCCAUGGGGACCCCAGAUUCUGCCCCACGGCGACCUCCAGUCCAGACCCACAGAGACCCAGAAUCCUUCUGCAGUGGGACCCCAAGUAUUGCCCCAGGGGGACCCCGAAUCCAGCCCCAGGGGACCCCAAAUUCUGCCCCAAGGCGACCCCCACUCCAGCCCCACAGACACCCCAAACCCUUCCCCAGUGGGACCCCAUGUAUUGCCCCGGGGGACCCGAAAUUCUGCCCCACAGCGACCUCAAGUAUUGCCCCAUGGGGACCCCAGAUUCUGCCCCACGGGAACCCCAAACUCUUCCCCAGUGGGACCCCAAAUCCAGCCCCGCGGGGGACCCGAAGCCCCGCCCCCGCCCCAGCCUCCGCCCCCGCCGGGGAAGGUUUU